UGGAGUUGGAUCAGGAAGAUCUCACCGCAGCUUAGAAGCAGCAACUCUAACUUGUGAGGAGAGCGCUGCGAGGUUGCUGCUCACCUCCCCGCUCUCGCUCUGCUGGCCCCAACACACACACCGAGACCAUGGGCACCUUCCAGGGACACCUGCUGGCGGGGAUAUUCUUCCUCAUCUUCUCCCUUUACUACUCAGUGAUGGUGUCCUUGGCCCUGCUGCGGGGACAGAGGUCUCUCAGCUCCCCUUUGCCCCCAAGGGAGAAGCGAGGACACAGGUGGUGGCAGCUGAUAUCUGUGCAAGGGAUGAUGAAGUUGGUCGUCUCCCUGGGUGGCAUCAUUCCUGAGUUCUUCUACCCCCCUGGAGUAAACCGGAUGAGGAUAAUAGACUGGGAGGACCCUCGGCGGCCAUUCUUGUUCUGUGACAACUGGGAUCAUGUCACCAUGUAUGGGUUUUUCAUGCUCAGCGGCGUGGUGGACAUUGUGAGCCAGUCAUGUCAAGCACGGCAGAACGUCAAGCUGGAGCGAGCAGCUGAGGCCCUGGCCUUCUGGGUGCUGACACUGUUGAUGGUUGCCCACCUGGAGAACAAGGGCACCUUGGAGAUCCGCGUCCAUGGGCUGUUCGUAGCGCUCACCUUCCUGGUUAGCCUGGUGCUCACCAUAGAGGUCUGGGUCCCUGACCAACCCACGCUGUGGGUGCUCAAGACCUGGAUGGGGCUGGUGCUCAGCAGCUGGAUGCUGCAGCUCUCCGUGCUAAUGUACGUUCCUCCCUUGGGGCAGCCCUGGAGAGCAGAAAACCCUGGGGACCUCGCCUUCCUCCCCAUCUUCUUCUGCUGGCACCUGGGCUUGGGGGUGGCCAUACUGGCCACUGUCUAUGGUCUCUGCAGCCUCUGGCACCAUCGCUUCUCCUCCUGGAGGGAGGUCCCAGGUGCCAAGUACCAGCUGUGUCCCAGAGGCUACGGCAACGAAGAGCUGGAGAAGCUGGGGACAGAGGCCAUGCUGCAGGAUGGGGGCAUCUAGGUAUAGAAUCUGUCUUUAUGCUCUGCCUGUUGUCAGGAGAGUUUGGAGGGCGCCCACGGUGUGCGUAGCCCGGAAACAUCCUGGGAUCUACAAUGUGGGCUUCUGUCACGGGAGUCACCUUCCCUGUUCCUAAAUAAACCUUUCAGCUCCUCGGA